AGAAAUUAGCUUAGGAAAGCAAAGUUGGCUUUGGGAGUUCCUGUUUGCUUUAAUGACCCAUGUGACAGGAUACUUCCUUAUCAUCUAGAGUACAGAACUUUCCCUGGAUGUUGCAGUUUUUCAGAAGCGAGGUUUGGUACUAAAUUGCUUCAAGAGUGUCAGUUCUUCUCCGCAUCUUCCAAACUGAAGAAAAAUAUGCAAUUUCAGCUAUGUCGGCCUUACCUAUUCUAAUCCUGCUCUCCAUCGUUCAGCCUUCACUUCAGCUGGAUUCUUCUAUAUUUUCCAUAUACAAUGAAGAGCAUAAGGUGUGCUUACAAGCUCAGAUUUCUGGAGCCAUCGUGACUGCCCCUUGUAAAGAUAAUAAUGACUUACAGAAAUUUAGGUGGAUUUCUUUACACCAGUUAGUAAAUGUUGGCGUUAAACAGUGCCUGGGGGCAACUGCUAAAAAGGACAUGGCAGUCGUCACUACUUACUCUUGUGAUGGGACGAGCGAUCUUCAGAAAUGGGAAUGUAAAAAUGAUACACUUUUUGGAAUCCAAGGAGAUACCCUGCACUUGAAUUAUGGCAACGUGCAACAUAAAGUUAUCCUUUACAAAGGAACUGGACUGUGGAGUAGAUGGAAGGUGUAUGGAACAACGGAUGACCUGUGCACUAAGGCCUAUGAAGAUGUAUACACGUUACUUGGGAAUGCAAAUGGUCAGCCAUGUGUAUUCCCCUUUAAAUUUCAAACUAAAUGGCAUGCAGACUGCACAUUGGAAGGAAGAUCCGACGGGAGGCGGUGGUGUUCGACAACUUCAGAUUACAACAAAGACAAGUUAUACGGGUUCUGCCCAUCUACAUCUAUUAGUGAUACGUGGUGGACUACAGAUUCAGUUACAGGAGUCCAUUACCAGAUAAACAACCAGGCAGCGCUCACUUGGUUUCAGGCACGGAAGAGCUGUUUACAACAGGAAUCUGAAUUAUUAAGCAUCACUGAGAUCCACGAGCAAACGUUUCUCACAGGCUUAACCAAUACAAUGACUACAUCUCUCUGGACUGGACUUAAUAGUUUGAAUUUCAAUGCAGGCUGGCAGUGGAGUGGUGGAAGUCCAUUUCGUUAUCUAAAUUGGGUUCCAGGAAAUCCUUCAUCUGAACCUGGGAUAAAUUGUGUGACACUAAAUACAGGAAAGAAUGGAAAGUGGGAGAACAAAGAAUGCAAUCAGAAACUGGGAUACAUAUGCAAGAAAGGCAGCAUUACAUCCAGCACAUUUGUAAUGCCCUCUGAAAGUGACAGUCCAAUCAGCUGCCCACCAUCAUGGCUGCCUUAUGCUGGUAAUUGUUACACCGUGAAGAAAGAGAACAAAAUCUGGAAGGAAGCGUUGUCUUCAUGCAGAAAAGAGGAAGGAGAUCUGGCGAGUUUCCACAAUGUUGAAGAAUUAAGUUUCAUCUCCUCUCAGUUUGAAUUUGAGCAAACAACAAAGGUUUGGAUUGGACUGAAUGAUCAAAAAAGUCACAUGUACUUUGAAUGGAGCGACGGAACUCCGGUGUCAUAUACCGUGUGGCUAAGGGGAGAACCAUCUCACCGUGACAAUAAGCAGGAAGACUGCGUUGCAUUUGACCCCAAGAGUGGUCAUUGGUCAGAUGACAUGUGUGAAAUGAAAUUUCAGUAUAUCUGUAAAAGAAAACCGUUGCCUUUUGAACCUGGACAAGUGGAUAUCAUUGAUAAAGGAUGUAAAAAGGGUUGGAAAAGACAUGGCUAUUAUUGUUAUCUUAUAAGUGAUACAUCAGAAUCAUUUACAGAAGCUAAUCAAACCUGCAUUGGCCAUGGAGCCUACCUUGUAACCGUUGAAGACAGGUUUGAACAAGCUUAUCUCACAAGUCUAAUAGGGCUGAGGCCUGAAAAGCAAUUUUGGACGGGACUUACAGACUCAGACGAGAGAGGCGUCUAUAAGUGGACUAAUGGAGAAAGGGUUUUAUUUACUCACUGGAAUUCUGAAAUGCCUGGAAGAAGACGAGGCUGUGUUGUCAUGAGAACUGGAAACAAAGGGGGAUUAUGGGAUGUUAUAACCUGUGAAGAGAAAGCAAAAUUUGUCUGCAAACAGUGGGCAGAAGGAGUAACGCCUCCUCCAAUUCCGACAACGACGCCAGAGCCCAAGUGCCCAACUGAUUGGAAGACAUCCCCUGAAAUUGGUUCAUGUUAUAAACAUUUUUCUAGAGGAGAAGAAGAAAAGAGGACAUGGUUUGAAUCCAGAAGUUUUUGCAAAGCAAUUGGUGGUGACUUAGUCAGCAUCAACAGCAAAGAAGAAGAAACCAUACUUUCACAAUUGCUGGUGAAUUACAGGUAUUAUAACCAGAUUUUCUGGAUAGGACUCCAAACAUCAGAUCCAGAAGAAGGCUUCGAAUGGGUAGAUGGCUCAGCCUUAUCUUAUGAAAACUGGGCGUAUGGGGAACCCAACAAUCACCAAGGCAUCGAGUUAUGUGGAGAAUUGCACGUUAGUUAUCGUCUUUCAUGGAACGACAGGCAUUGUGAAUCCUCUGCAGACUGGAUUUGUGAGCUCAAAAAAGGUGCACCUUUACAACCAGAACCAACAAAGUCUUCGGUUCCAGAGUAUGAAUUGACAAGUGAUGGCUGGAUUGCAAAUAAAGACAACCAGUAUUUUAUUAGUACGGAGAUUGUGGCCAUGGAUAAAGCAAGGGAAUUUUGCAAGAAGAAUUUUGGUGAUCUUGUUGUCAUCAAUGAUGAUACGGAAAGAAAAUUUCUUUGGAGAUAUAUACUUAAAAAUGGAAAGGAAAGUGCAUAUUUCAUUGGAUUAACUUUAGGACUGGACAGAGAAUUUAGGUGGAUGGAUGGGUCUGUUAUGAACUAUGUAGCAUGGGCAAGCUAUGAACCCAACUUUGCAAAUAAUGAUGAGAACUGUGUUGUAAUGUACAAGAAUAUGGGCUUUUGGAAUGACAUAAACUGUGGCUAUCCCAAUCCAUAUAUUUGUGAAAGGAAAAACAGUUCUAUUAAUGCAACAUUUGCCCCAACUCCAGCUUCCCCACAAGGAGGAUGCCCUUCAGACUGGAUUACAUUUGGGAAAAGGUGCUACAAAAUAUUUGGCAAUGGAAAGGGUGAAGCGACAGACUGGGACUCGGCGCGCACAGCAUGCAUGAGAUUUAAUGGCAACCUUGCCACAGUGGAAAAUGAAUUAGUACAGGCUUUUCUCACCUACAAUUUAAAAGAUCUAAACAUCGAUGUCUGGAUUGGAAUGAAUGAUAAAAAUGAAGAGCACCGGUUUCUCUGGACUGAUCAAAGAGGCGUCUAUUAUACGAACUGGGCCAAGGGUCACCCAACAGGGAGUCGAUAUUACUCAGCUGAUGAUGAUACUGAUUGUGUUUCUAUAAAGCGUGGCUCUACUUUGGAUGCAGGAUCAUGGUUUGAGGAAGAGUGUUCCCUCAGCAGAGGAUACAUCUGUCAAACAGACAAAAACCCAGCUUUGCCUGCUUCUCCAACUAUAGCACCUUCAGUUAGAUUUUUCAAGUUUGGUAAUGAAACCUUUAAAAUCGUUAAUUCCAAAAUGUCAUGGGAUGAAGCGUGGCGUAAGUGUAAAUCAGAAGAUUCCGAACUUGUCAGCAUUACAGAUGAAUACACCAAUUCCUUCUUAAGGGUUUAUACGUCUAAAUACCGUGAACCUUUUUGGAUUGGCCUUAACAGCAACAAGACUGGUAACCAAUACAAAUGGACUGAUAACUGGAAACUUCGAUAUACCAAAUGGGCUGCAGAAGAACCUAAGAAGACCACUGCAUGUGUAUAUAUGGAUAUAGAUGGGCAGUGGAAGACAUCAUCAUGCACUGAAAAUUAUUUCUCAAUCUGCAAGCAGAGUGAUGCAAUUGCUCCCACUGAUCCACCUCAAAAGCCUGGAAAGUGUCCUCCAGAUUCAGAUGACAGGUCAUGGAUCCCCUUCCGAGGUCACUGCUAUUUAAUUCAAGUAUCUUACACCAAAAACUGGUAUCAGGCUUCUUUGGAAUGUCUUCGGUUUGGUGGUUCUUUAGCAUCCUUUGACGAUUCAUUGGAAUCAAACUUUGUAUGGCAUCAAAUUGAGAGACUGGAGGAUAGAGUCAAGUCAUUUUGGAUUGGAAUGUACCAGAAUGUGGAAAAUAAGUGGCUCUGGCUGGACAAUGCUCCUGUUGACUUUGUAAACUGGAACAUUGGGGAGCCUUCCGAUCACAAUGAUGAGCACUGUGUUGAAAUGUAUUCAUCGCAUGGAACCUGGAAUAACCUGUACUGCUCUUCUUAUAGAGGGUAUAUCUGUAAAAUCCAAAAAAUUCCUGAACCUACAGAAAAGACCCCAGAGAACCCAGAUAAAAUUAAAACAGAUGCACCCUCGCAGGGAAAGAUUGGCGGAAUUAUCAUUUUUGUCCUACUUGUUGGUGCCGGCUCAACCUAUGCUGUUUACUAUGUCUGCAAAAGACAGAAGAACAAACCACCAGAGGACAAUAGCUUUGACAAUAACUUGUAUUUUGAUGGGGACCGCGUACCUGCAACACAUGACACUAACAUUCUUGUGGAAAACAUUGAGCAAAAUGAACAUGCCAUCUCUUAGUAUCACUGAAUAAUGUGAUUUUUGGUAUGAAGGACAGUAAAUCUUUGCUGCAGUUUACAGGAUUAACAGAUGAAAAUGAAAAUAAGUUCAGCAACUAUGAUAACAUCAAGGUGUCUUUUCCACUUAGAUAGUAACUGUGGUCAAUUAUGGAAGAAGAAAUAUUAUGGGACAUAUACUUUGGAAUUCCAAGCUGUGUAUAAUGUGUUCAUGAGACUUUAAAAAAAAAAAAAAAAAAAAUACUACUGCAAUGAAAUGAAAUCCAUUACGAAUGAUGUUUGCAAGUAAGGCGUCUCAGCCAAUCACAGUGAUUCAUCUUUACCAAAAAACAUGGGCAGGCCCAAUUAUCUACUUACUCAUUUUCAUGCUUUUGGCGUUUUUUAAAAACCACUAAAAAACUCAUUUUCUCCAAAACCACUAAAAGUGAUGUAUUAAAACAGCCUUUUAAGCUUGACAGCUUUUAGAUGACAUAUUUUUACUUUUAGAUUUGUUACAGUUUUGAUGCAUAAUAAAAUUGUAAAUACAUCGUUUUUUUCCAUGAAAAAAAUCGAGUUUUAGAACAAAGAAAAGAAUUAUGUCAAAACAUAGGAACGUUAGUAAAUGCCCCCCUAGUCAACUGGUGAGAUUAUCCAGCAUUCAACAGUUUCUCUAUGAAGCAAUAUACUGCUUUAACAUCAGAUUUCACAGGAGGAAAUUAGGAGAAAGACAGAUAAAUCCCUGGGUUCAAUGCAUUUUGUUCCUUACCAAUAAAUGAAUCACCUAAACUAACAGUGUGCCCUGCAGCUCUACCUUGUAGGAGCACAUAAGGGUAACCAAAAGCAUUUAGUCAAUACCAUUCAUAGACAAUAAUCUCAGCCAAUAUAUUUAUGUUCCUAUUAUCUUAGGUGGCAAUUCAUUAUGUAUUUAUUCUUUAUGGAAAAUUCAGACAUCUUGGUGCUAUGAUGAAGUUAGAAAUUCCAUAAGUCACAGAAAGCCAAUCAAUUUGCUACCGAUUGAUUCCAUCUCUAGACUAAUAUGAGCAAAUAAAUGAAUGACAUUUAAUAGGGUUCUCUACUUUAUUCACUAGCGGCAAUACCUUUCAAUGAGUAUGGAGGAAUGGUCAAAAGGCUCACACACUUUAGAUUAAGUGGUAUAUACAGUUCCAUAAGGCAUACAGAACACUGUUUUUCAAAAACCACACACAGAAGACAUUUUGUGAGCUUUCACCCCAAAUUAGAGGGAAAAUAUGGAUGGUCCUUGGGGGUUUGGAAACCAACAGUUUAGAAUGAGUACAUUCCCCUUCCAGGUUUUUGACACAGAAGCUAUAACCGAGGCCUCAAAUGUAGUUAUCCGAGCUGAGUGGCUUUAUCUGAUUAUUCUAUAUUUCCAUCUGUUGUCAUAUUUUUCUUUACAAACAAAGCAAGUCGCCUCCCAGCCCUCCCUCUCUCUGUAUCAUACAUGUUAAGAGCAAAAGCCAUUAUCAGGUUAUUCUUUCAUUCAAAUAUGUAUAUAUAAUCUUUUCAGUGGCAGGUUGGUCUUUUGUCUGCUCUCCCAGGAAUCAGACAGUUAAACAGAGGGACGUUUUUACUGUGUUCUCUCUAAUCCGUUUUCAUGAUUAUCUCUUAUUGAUGAUGUCUUAAAUAAAAUGUUCUGUGUUCUUUUACAUUUA